AGGCACCGAAGGAAGCAUCGGAGCUUCUCAAUACGACGCGCUGUUUAUCAGCCCCAGUGCCUGCCAUCGUCAACCCGACGAAGCCGAAGCGCUCUCUUAAGGUCCCGAGCCUCCGCAGAAAAACCCUGCAAACCGCGAAGGAUGGCUGAAGUGGCGAGCUCGAUCGUGCACGACGUGCUGGGCCCGAGGCUCCAGGACGUGGAUCAGCCCAUCGUCGACUACAUCGUCAACGUCCUCGCCGACGAGGACUUCGACUUCGGCGACGACGGCGACGGCGCCUUCGACGCCAUCGGCGAGCUCCUCGUCGGCGCCGAAUGCGUCUCUGACUUCGACGAAAGCCGCCUGGUCUGCAGCAAAUUAACUGAGAAAUUUGGGAAGCAUGGUCUGGUUAAAGCUAAGCCAACAGUUCGGAGCCUUGCGACGCCUUUUAGAAUGGAUGACGGAAUGGAUGAGGAGGUGGUCCCCAAGAAGAAACAAGAGGUCUUUGAUGGUCCCAUUCUGUCUGAGCGUGAUCGAGCGAAGAUCGAGCGGAGAAAGAGGAAGGAGGAGCGGCAGAGAGAGGCAGAAUACCAAAUGCAUGUGGCAGAGAUGGAAGCAGUCAGAGCAGGAAUGCCUGUUGUCUCUGUAAAUCAUGACGGUAGUACUGGACCAGCUUUCAGGGACAUCCAUUUGGAAAACUUUAAUGUGUCUGUGGGUGGUCGUGAUCUCAUUGUAGAUGGUUGCAUAACCCUUUCUUUUGGAAGGCAUUAUGGCCUUAUUGGGAGAAACGGUACUGGAAAGACAACUUUCCUCAGGCACUUGGCUCUGCAUGCGAUCGAGGGUAUUCCUCGAAAUUGCCAGAUAUUACACGUCGAGCAAGAAGUGGCUGGUGAUGAUACCACAGCCUUACAAUGUGUUCUUGACACUGAUGUUGAAAGGACACAGCUCUUGCAAGAAGAAGCUCGAUUAAUUUCCCAGCAGAGAGAACUGGAGCUUUUGAGUGCCGGUGGAAAGAGCAAUGGGGAUCUAAAGGGGCCAAAUGCAGAUGCAAUUGGACAAAGACUCGAAGAAAUAUACAAGAGGCUUGAGCUUAUUGAUGCUGAUUCUGCAGAAGCUCGGGCAGCUUCCAUUCUAGCGGGUCUCAGUUUCUCUCCAGAGAUGCAGCAUAAAGCAACAAAAACUUUUUCUGGUGGAUGGAGAAUGCGAAUUGCACUUGCUCGGGCACUAUUUGUGGAGCCUGAUUUACUGUUGCUUGAUGAACCUACGAACCAUCUUGAUCUCCAUGCUGUUCUGUGGCUGGAAUCUUAUCUUGUUAAAUGGCCGAAGACUUUUAUUGUUGUUUCUCAUGCGAGGGAAUUCUUGAACACUGUAGUGACUGAUAUUAUACAUCUACAAGGGCAAAAAUUGUCUACUUACAAAGGGGAUUAUGACACAUUUGAGAGAACACGAGUGGAACAGCUUAAGAACCAACAGAAAGCUUUUGAGUCUAGUGAACGAGCGAGAGCGCAUAUGCAGGCCUUCAUUGACAAGUUCCGCUAUAACGCGAAGAGGGCCUCGCUUGUUCAGUCAAGAAUCAAGGCAUUGGAUCGUAUGGGCCACGUGGAUGAAGUCGUUAAUGACCCUGACUACAAGUUUGAAUUUCCAACACCUGAUGAUAGGCCAGGCCCUCCGAUAAUCAGUUUCAGUGAUGCAUCAUUUGGUUAUCCUGGUGGACCCCUACUGUUCAAGAAUCUGAACUUUGGCAUAGAUCUAGACAGUCGUAUUGCAAUGGUCGGGCCAAAUGGCAUUGGCAAGUCAACAAUACUCAAACUAAUUGGCGGGGAACUACAGCCAAGUUCUGGGACAGUUUUCCGUUCGGCGAAGGUUCGCAUCGCUGUUUUUAGUCAGCACCAUGUUGAUGGGCUAGACCUGUCCUCAAGUCCACUUCUAUACAUGAUGCACUGUUUUCCGGGAGUUCCUGAACAAAAGCUUCGAGCUCACUUAGGUUCCUUUGGUGUAACCGGAAAUCUUGCGCUUCAACCUAUGUACACCUUGUCUGGUGGUCAGAAAAGCAGAGUCGCAUUUGCCAAGAUUACUUUCAAGAAACCUCACAUACUUUUGCUUGAUGAGCCGUCCAAUCAUCUGGAUUUGGAUGCGGUCGAGGCGCUCAUUCAAGGUCUGGUCUUGUUCCAAGGAGGAAUUCUGAUGGUUAGUCAUGAUGAGCAUCUAAUAUCUGGAAGCGUGGAUGAGCUCUGGGUGGUUUCCGAAGGCAGGGUGGCGCCUUUCAAUGGGACUUUCCAGGAUUAUAAGAAGAUUCUUCAGUCCUUAGUGAGAAGCAAAGAGAUAGGUUCAUCGGGGUCACAUUACCUUACGAAACAGAAAAGGAGGCUUGGCUGCAGAGAGAAAGCGAGAAAGGACGAAGAGAGGAUUGCUGCUGAUAUGAAGGACGUGCUCGCAGUUACAUCGGCACGCGUCUGUCAUUUAUACUUGAUUAGGGCUCGGGGAAGGACCGAGUCUUAAAGUUUUUGACAUUGAGUAUAUGGUCAUUUUGCCAAUGGCUUAAGAACCGAGUCUGGAUUGCUAGUCCGGGUAAAAUUUAUGACCCUUUGCGCAUUUUGUCCUAGCAAUAGGUUCAUUUCUCGCGCCCCGGAAGUUUGAGAUACUCCAUCGCUGCUGAAGUCGGCUUCCCUGUACACAGCAAAAUGAUUUGAUCAUUUGCGAAAGAACCCUUUUUGGCACACUA